CUUCUUCCUCUCCACGAGUCGCCUAUGGAUUCUCCGAGAAUAAACCACAACGCCGCCGAUAGCUCCUUUCCGCUACGUCGGAGUCGUUCACCGAUUCGUUACUUGUGCCUCUCUUCGCUACUAGAUCUCGAGAAGUCGGCUGUGGAUACUCAUCGAACAAACCAUUGCUUGUGCCUCUCUUCAACGGACGAAAUGCUGGUUCGAGGUCGCGUGAGUGGCGUUCCACCAAGGAUCUCUCAGAUCGGUGUCAAUGAUGGUUCUGGUGAUGGUCGCUGCUUGAUGCUGGUGGAUUAUUGCCAAUGUGAUGAAACCUAGAUCUGGGUUUGAGAAAAACCCACAUCUGGGUUUGAGAGAGGAAGAGGAAGCGAGGAGACAGAGAAAGAGAAAGAGAAAGAAUAAAAAGAAGAAAGAAGAAGGAUGAGGUAGAGUUUUUCAGAUCAAGUACGCCGCCAAGGCUGUCGAUAACAGUGGGUUUGUUUUGUUGUGCAUUGAGCUUGUCAUUUCAAUUUCCUCAGGAUUUUUUUUUCUGUUGUUUUAGAAUUGUGAUUGGCAUCAAGUGCGAAGCUGGGAUUGUUAUGGUUUGCUUUAUCGUCCCUAAUUUUGGUGUCUGUUGAAUCUUGCUUGUGGAUUCGUAUGUGAAUGUAAUUUAUGGAUUUGGGAGUUUCAAGGUGUGGAGAGAACCCUCCAUUCUGGUGUGGAUUUGUGUUGAAGAUGAUGUUGCGUGGUUUCGAUUCCAUUGCCAUCGAUUGUUCUUAUUGGGUUGAAAGAACCCAAAUUUGGGUUUGAUCAAACUCAGAUCUGGAGAGGAAGAAGAAGAGAGAAGAGAGGAGAGAAAGAAUAAGAAAAGUUAAAAAAGUCA